AUGAUGCCGCGUGCCAGCGCCCCAGAACUUCGCCCACGCGCUCCAUGCCCUCUUCAUCCCCAACCCGAACGCCAGGGUGAUCAAAUCUCCAACAGCCCGCCGGGAUUCAAUGGUCUCGAUGUUCAAGCGCAGCUGUGUAACUUGAAACUCGCCUACAACCUCUUGAGUCUUCCGCAAAAGCCGGUUGCAGUGAUCAAGAUGAUGCUUCAGAGCAGUGAGCACGAUGAGAACGUCGCUCCCGUGUUUGCCUUCCAGCCAGAACCCCAAGUAUUGCAUGCUGGAUAUGACGUCCACCGCAAGUCCACCUCAUCUCACCCUCAAAUCAAGAUUGCUACUUGA